AGCUUCCUUCUUGGUUCUAGUUAUCAGUUGACUACAGCAUUUCAAGUCGCUUAGACCGAAGUAAAGUGGGAAGUCACGAGCUAAACAGCAAAUUUUCAAAUUCAAAUUAACCGCCAAACAAACUUAAACUACAAACAAAAAUGGCCUUUUUCAAAUCUUUGGUAUGCUUGGCUGUAUUGAGCGCUGCCUCUGCUGGCGUUUUGCAUGGUGGACACGGUGCCGGUAUUUAUGCCGCUGGCCCACUUCUAGCUGCCCAUGGCCCAGCGCAUGAUGAGGGACUAGACUACUACGCCUACCCCAAAUACCACUACAACUACGGCGUCGCCGACUCGCAUACCGGCGAUGUUAAGUCACAGCACGAAGUGCGCGACGGUGAUGUCGUGAAGGGCUCAUACUCGCUCGUCGAACCCGACGGUUCGGUGCGCACUGUCGAAUACACCGCCGAUGACCAUAACGGUUUCAACGCAGUCGUCUCGAAGAGUGCCCCAACCAUCCAUCAUGCCGCUCCAGUUGCCAUUGCGCAUGCCGCUCCCGUACUUGCUCACGCUCCCGCACCAAUUGCCGUUGCGCAUCACGUUGCUGCCGCUCCAGCUGUACCAUUGGCUUCGGUCGCGCAUCAUGCUGCCCCCUCCGCUUACGGUUAUGCCACACAUGAUGCGCACGCUCAUGUCUCUCAUUACUAAGGAUAAUUAACACUGCCCCAUAUGCUAAUAAUAAAAUGGACCUGAUCCCACACUACAAAAGCAACAAAACAAGCAAAGCGUUAGAAUUUAUUUAUUAACGAUUAACUAAUAUACAUACAUAUAUAUCUAUGUAAAAUGUGAAUCCCAUGCUACGAUGACGACCUAUAUAGGAAUAAUUGAAAUGAGUUGGAGUGAAAGUCGCGGAGAACGUUGGAGAAUGUUGCGUGUGUGUGUGGAGAAUGGAGAGACAAGGAGAGGCAGGAAUGCAGCGCAGAGACUCAGGAUGCAUUCGUUAGUGUGAUACAGUGUGUUGGAGUAGUUCGAAAGACCUACUUGAACACAACACUCAAUCAGUCGCUUUCAACUCAAUCACAUUUCAAUUAUUUACUCAUACUUUGAGUCACAGCUCUACUCUUAAAGGCAUUCGUUUAGGCACACUGCCAUUCUUAAGCUCCUCUCUUCAUUUUGUAAAUAUUACUUAGAUCUCUAUGCCCUCCCCGCAGUUAAAACAUCUCUCUCUCAUUCGCCAAGCCAUCUUCAUUCCCCACAUCUGCUAUCUCGCUCUCUCUCUCACUCUCUCUCUCUCAGUCGUUUACAUGAAACCCUCGUCGAAACUAAACAUUUUCAAAUGGAAAAUACUCAUUUCCCCUCAGUUACUAUACUCAAUCACUCAAUUGCUCACUCACUCACUCAUAGUUUUACAGUCUUACUAAUACUCAAAUGUAUAUGUUGUAUUUUUAAUGAAAAAAUGAACGCAAAUGUAAAAGAAAAGUCCAAGCGGUAGAAGCAGCGAAGAGUCGACAACUAGGAAAGCAACGAAAAGUCCGUAAAAACUAUCAAUAUAACAUACAUACAUACGAAAUGCCUGUAAACUGUAACUAUGUAAACAUGUUCUCUGUGGAAGAAUUGUAAAAAAUUGUAUUAUAAUAAAUAUAUUUUUUAUACUUGCGUUAAAUAUUAAGUGAUUACAUGCGAAAAAUGCUAUAAAUAAAAAAUGUAGUGAAUUAAAAAAAUAAA